UUAUGCAGUCUGUCAGCAUGAAUGCAGAUAUGCUCGAUAUUGUGGCCCAACGUGGCGGGAGGGCCAGGAGUGCAUGUGACCUGUGCCGGCAUAGAAAGAUUCGAUGCGAUGGAGAGAAACCAGCAUGUGAGAAUUGUCAUUUUGCUGGUGUUACCUGCACCUUUACCGUGACUGGUCAACCCAGGAAGACUAUUAGAGAACAACUCGCUGAAGCCAAGGCUCGUGUACAAGAAUUGGAAAGCUUCAUUGCCGGCCGUCCUCUCCCAGGAGCAGUUUCACCAAUUAUCCAGUUGCAGGAUGAACUGAGAUCUGCCUCACCAUGUCCGCCCAUGUCGCUCUUUGCCGCGCCAUCACAUCCCCGGGACUCGUCAGAUCUCGACAUAGCCAUGGAAAUUUUCAAACAGCAUCUGGAAAUUUCCUGGCCAGGCACUACUAACUCCCCUCAGCGCAACUCAUUCCAUGCUACUGUCUACCGCCAAACCGGCGCUGUCUUGGACUUGCACGGCUUCUUAGCCCGUGUGACAGAGUCCUACAAGGCCCAGUAUGCUUCCAUCUCGCCAGCAAUCUCUACUCCCCAAUGGCCCAGCUACGCACUGAUCCAGAAGUGUCUCAACUACUACGCUGCCAAGAGCAUGUACUCCAUGUUUCCUGUUGUGGAUGUACCUGCUUCCCAGGCUGUCCUUGACGCUCUCGUCUCUGGCCGUACAGAUCCCCCGCCUACCACAGCGGAAAAGGCACAUCUUUUCGCCUUCGCAGCCUUUAUCACCAAGCAGCAUCAACACCAGCCGCAGUUUGCAGAUACAGACCCGGAAGCUUACGUGCAGGCCGUACUGACACUAGUACCUAAGCUCAUGCUUGAGCUAGCUAGUGUGUGGAAACUAGAAACAUUUGUCAUAUUGGCCCUACACAUCGCCCCAGCAGGCUAUCCCCAACAAGCCCAACUCCUCCUCUCAACCGCCAUCCGCAUCUUAUAUCAAUUAGGCGGCCACCGCAUCACCCCUCCCCCAGAAUACCAACCACGGGCCUCCUCCACAACCACCAACAACAAUAAAUCCCAAUCCCACCUCCGCGCCAUCUUCUGGCUCUGCUACAGCAUGGACAAAGAAAUGUGCAUCCGCAGCUGCUCUCCACCUCUCAUCCACGACAUCGACGUCGACCUCGACUUCCCCCAAACCUACAUCGGCUCUACCACCCACUCUCCCCCACCACCCCGACAAUCUCCAUCAUCAUCAUCAUAUAAUAGCACCGAAAUCCACCUCCUCUACCCAACAGACAUCCGCCUCGCCAUCUUCAAAUCCCACAUUUACAAUCGCCUCUACUCCAGUCACGCCCAAUCCCUCCCUGAAGCCCGCCGUCUCGCUCACAUCCGCCAACUCGAUCAGGAUCUGAGUGAACUACACGCCGAAUUUCCCUUAGGACAUACACCUGUAAACACACCUAGAUCCGAAACAAGCACAUCCAACAAUCGAGAUCCAACAAUACCUUCCUCCUCCUCCUCCUCCAACGAGGAAAGUAGUAAUCAGAAACUGGUCAAUAUCCGCCCUAUCAACAUCCAUCUCGAAUACCACUACUGUAUUCGCAAACUGCACGAAGCGAGUAUCACAACUAGCUUAUCUGUCGUCUCUGCCCCGCUUGCUUCGAGCCUGGAGCUGUAUUAUCAGGCGUCGAGGUCGACAUUACUUUAUUACCUGAAUUCAGGGAAGGGGGUCCUGGUGGAUCGGUUUAGUUUUUGGAUCCACGCACAAUUCAUCCUCUCCGCCAUUCUCACCGUCUUCUGGUGUCUGAUUGAGAACCCCGAUCCUCGGAAUGCGUCUUUCACGAGGGAUUUGAGGGUGUUGGAGGAUAUGAGGGGGUUAUUUGUUUGUGAAGCGUUUGAUUUGGACGGGGAGGGGAGGCUCUUUCCGCCGGCGUAUAUUGCCGAUAGGUUUUUGAGCUGGUUGAUUUCGUUAGUUAAGGUUGCGGUGGAGAGGGAGGGGGUUCGGCGUGGUCGGGCUUCGUGA